CGACAACGAACGCGUGUGUUCACACUCAUACAACCCGCAAAUUUAUUGGAAUUUAAAGUGUGUAAACGCAAAUAUAUAGUGUUUAAAUUGUGCAACAUAGUUUAAGAAUAUAAUAUUGUAAAAAUAACGACAAUGGCCGAGGCAAAGAUCGCUGAGCUCAAUAAAGACGUCCAAGAAUUAAAACAGCACUUAAGUACCUCCACCAGACAAAAAGUUAAAGACUUUUUAAGUAUUGAAAUUCGCAAAAUAGAAACCGAAAUAACCAAACUAAAUGAAACACUAGUCAAAGAACGCUUAGAACCCAAACAAUCAGCAUCAUCCGACACCAACAAGUGCUACCAAGUCAAAUUAAACAACUACUCAUGGGAUCAGUCCGACAAAUUCGUUAAAAUCUAUGUAACCUUACAAAAAGCACACACAGUCCCUGCUGAAAAUGUCACUUGCGAAUUCACAGACCGCUCCAUGACCCUAAGUGUAAAAAGCUUAGAAAACCGAGAUUAUACUUUAGUUAUCAAAAACUUACUAGAGCCUAUCGAUGCAUCCAAAAGCACCUGGAAAGUCAAGACCGACAUGGUGAUUGUAAGUUUAUCCAAAACAAGUACUAAUAAAUGGUCCCACAUGACUGAGCUUGAAAAACGUGCUAGCGAGAGCAAGAAAUUAGACACAGGUGCUGAUGAUUUAUCCAAAGACUCCGAUCCUUCUGCUGGUUUGAUGAAUAUUAUGAAGAAAAUGUAUGAGUCUGGUGAUGAUGAUAUGAAACGGAUGAUUGCAAAGGCUUGGACUGAAGGACAAGAGAAAAAGGCUCAGGAGGGAUUCAACUAAGAUUAUAAUAAACUCUUAACUAU